AUGAAUCCUUCUAUCUUUUUGGGCUCUAGAAUUGGAGAAGAUCCCCCAGGAUUCUUGGAUGAGAUUUUCAAAAUUGUGGAUGCUAUGGGUGUAUCUUUUAGAGAGAAAGCGGAAUUGGCUUCAUACCAAUUGAAGGAGGUGGCCCAAAUUUGGUACACUCAAUGGAAGGCAAAUAGGCUGGAGAAAGCGGGUCCUAUAGAAUGGGAGGAGUUUAAGGAAUCAUUCUUAGGUAAGUACUUUCCCCUAGAGAAAAGGGAGUGCAAAAUUGAGGACGUCAUUAAUCUUAGGCAAGGUAAUAUGAGUGUGGAGGAUUAUGCUUUGAAGUUCUCUAUGUUGUCUAGGUAUUCUCCAUCUUUGGUGUCUAACCUUAGAGAGGAGAUGAGUAGGUUUGUUACCGAUGUAUUUGACUUGGUGAAAGAGGAAUGCCGUACGACAAUGCUCCAUGGUAACAUGAACAUCUCUAGGCUUGUUGUGUGUGCUCAAUCUAUAGAGGAGUCCAAGAUGACUAGGAUGAGGAAAGACCUAAAAAGGGGAGGUGGUGGUUCUCAAUUUGCUAAGCCUACUUGCUCCACUUGUGGAAAGAAGCAUUUUGGGAAGUGUCUAGCCAGUACUAGUGGAUGCUAUGGUUGUGGGAAGAAUGAUCACAAGGUGAGAGAUUGUCCCACCCUCACGGCUAGACGAAGGGAGGCCAAGCAAGCAUCACAUGGUGGCCCAAAUCUUGAUGAUCAAAAGAAGACUCGUUUCUAUGCUCUCCAAGCUAACAAGGAGGCCAAUCCGAAUGGAGGUGCCGGUAAGUUAUAG